CCUGCGUUCGGUUCUCUUGCGCUCGUUCACUCAGCCUAGCCUCAUGGCUCAUUGCUGCUUGCUAAUGCUCACCAUCAGAUCGAGGCUGAAUUAGGUGACAGUAGAACAUGCUUCACAAAUCACAGAUGGUGUGAAAUAAAAAUUUGAACCAAUUCUGCCAUAUUCUUUGUGCGUAUCAUCGAAGCUUAAUAAUUACUGUCAACGCAUGAGACGGCAGUUAUGGAAAGGCAGGAGAGCCUACCUGAGCGUCGUCGGCUUCGGCCACGUAGUGCGAUUGGCGAAAACGUUGUUGUCAGCGCAAAACAGCCAGCAAAAAGCAAGCGACGCCAUCAGUCAACGCAGAAGCACAGUGGACCAUCCAGUGGCGGUCGACAGUCGCCGGAGUUCCCCGAACUCGAUUUGACCAACCGCAGCGGCGUGGUUCCUUCUAAUCGGAUAACUGCCGUCGAGCGGCCUGAUCGACAAUUACGUCGACGCAACAUCACCGAUGCACAGCGGCAAGCCAUUUACGGGAUGUUUGAACAGGGCUCUACUGGACGGAAGAUCGCCGGUACCCUCGGAGUGCAGCUGUACGAUGUGCAACGGGAGCUGCUGUUGGUCGGCAAAACCUUGUCUGGCAGGUCAGGUUCAGGCCGAGGAAUGUCGAGGGCGAGUAACGCGAAGAAGCAGUUGGUGUGUCAGUUGUUCCAAGAGGACCUAAGUAUGUGUGUAAUUUGUGAUCGUGUCGGUCUGAGUAUGCCGACGGUAUCCAAAAUACUGCAUCUGGCUGGCAAAGACGUCAAGCAGCGCUUCUUGAAGAACAGCAGAAGGCAUGGAGGCACCAUAAGACGGAAACGGCAAGGUAAACCACGUAAUUCGAGCCGCGCUACCAUGCCGAAGAGCUCACUGUUACGGGAGAAGGUCGUCCUUCCCGAGGAGGAGAAGGAGGAACGUUCGAAUGCCUUCCCGACAGGCGCCGCUUCGGAACAAUCAUGCUCACGAGUCCAUCAUGCCAACCAGCGUGCACACCGUCGUCUUUAAUUCAUCGGCAAAGGAGGUCAUCAUCGGCUGUCAUGCUUCACCGCAUCCGUAUCGCUGCGAAGGGUGCCAGUUCCAUUGCAAAGCGGAGCAGACGCUAAUCUCCCAUUUGCUAGGCGGUCAGCAUCAGCAGUUAUGUCGCAACGCACUCCUGGUGUGCGCUGAUUGCCGCUUUAGAAGCAGCCAAAUCAUCAAGAUGGCGCGCCACUGUAUCAAGCACUCUGCAUUACCCAUGGAAAUCAACGGAAAAUUUUCGACCACAUGCGCCAAAGAAACGGAACAGCUUGAUGGAGCCGAUGCGACUGAAUAACAGGGCCUUGAGUUUAUUAAUUGAUACUGUAAUAAAAUUAUGAUAACUGUUUGUUUGACAGAUUUUUAGACGUGGUUUUGUGUGUAUUUUAUGAUGCUGUUCACAGUGUUCAGUAAUUCUAGUACCACUCCCGUGUUUACCAGUAGGACGAAGUGUUAUUGCGCGAUACUGGUCGCGGCCUCCAGCGAACAGACAUAAACCCGGCAUAA